AUGGACGGGGGUACGGCGGGCGCCCAGGCGGAAUGUAUAGCCGAUAUAGGCAAACACUUAACUGGUGGAGAUUUUACAAAGGCCGAGCAUAUAUUCAACAAGCUUAUUCGGAACGGGGUUGCCGGGUUGGGGAGUGGCCGUAGGAUAGGAGCGGAUUCUCAGUCGAGGCAACCAGUCACUGCGAACAACCAGUUGAGUCAACAAGAGGAGCUUCCGGAGGACCCAAGGACGAAGGCAAUGAAAGCUGCCGAAGCUCUCGAUCUCGAGACGGCUUUUCUGCAGCCGGGCUCCGACGAGAUCGACCUUGCGGCUAUGGCCAGACCCCGAAGCAUGAGCGUACCGACCCAUCGAAUGGCGGAUGACUUCCAGCACAUUGCCCCUUUCUACGUCUUCGGAGCUCGUCGAACCCUGAAGGGAAUCAACCGCGGCUCUCGUCGGCCUCGGAGUCCCCACCAAAGUUGCUCUAGCCGAGAUUCGCACAUGGUCGUCCGGAGAGCGACUGAUUCAGUCGUAUAUCGGGCGGCCGGUCCACAGAGCCACUAUAGUUGUCCGGAUGAUGCUGGGGAGGAAUACGCCGAGACAGGGUUAUCUCCCGCAAGUGCAGAUUUGUCGAGUCCACACUCUCUCGGGUUCGAGUCGACAUCUACUACCCCGGUGGGGAUAUGUGAAGCCUUGGCGGUCGAUGUUCGGUCAUCUACCUUAACAUCUACCAUAACUGCUCUCCAUAAGAGAACGAAGUCGGUCGAUCGCGUGUACACUAGCGCCAUUCGGAACCAGGAUAUUUCACUGCCCCUUCCCUCGCAACUAUCUAGCCCAUCCGACAGCCCCGUCCCAGCACCGAGCCAGCAAGAAAAAGCCAUGCCCCAGUCCAGCCUCCCCGGUAAAAUACCAAGACCGACUUUUGGCACGCCGAGUAGGACCAUAAUCAGGCGUAGCCCUCCGUCUCCCCUCAAGUUGAGCGACCAAAUAAAGCGGCCGACAUGUUAUGUUGACCGUGGAACAAAUACUGGAUACACCUACGAGGACAGAAGUACAAGUACGGACUCGGCCCCCGCGGGCCCUGAACCUGAUACGGGGGCACAUAUCUCUCGGAAGUUUGAGCACAAUACCGAACUCGAUACGCGUGGACAUUUCGAACCAGUCCUGCCCAUGUUCGAAGACCUCAUAAUACACUUCAGGGACGAAGAAUCCGACUUGCAGCUGAGAAACAUGAUCCAAGCCUUUAAAGAAGGUAUAUACCCCAAAUCUACGUGGCCAUCAGUAUCGGAAGCGGAGACAGACCGCAGCCAGCCUAGCAUACAGAGCUCGUGCCAGCCGAAUGCGGCACCGCCGGCGGCGAGCGAGGUCCAACAUGGAGAGGUUCACCGAUCGGAUAUGGAUGAGUACGAUCCUUUCGCAUAUGAAGAGCGGUUCCGCUCAUUUCGUUUCUCGCCGUCCAAGCGGCAUACAGGCAGUGACAAACCUUCCACACCACCAACGCCCGUACAAACACCACCACCGCCAAUCUCAAAGAAACCGGAAAGGUUUUUCCACGAGUUUACCACUACAGGCUGUAGAACAGCCGUGUGUAUGCAAAACUCUCUACGAUCCGUCCUGAAUCUGUACUUCCCCCCAGAGGACGCGGGAUACCACCAAUUCACCUUCCCCUUGCUCCCCGAACUCAGCAGUCUUUGGAAACCCGUCUUUCGGGAAACGAGCUCAGGCGCUGACUGCAGUGGCGUAAAGCGAAGGCGGAAGGUUGACCUUAUUGUUGCCAUCGGGGCGCAGAAGGGCGUUAAUAGGGAUUUUCUCGGUGCGAUCAGCGGCUCGUUGGAAAAGCUCGGCACGAAACCAAAUGGGUUUACCCGGAGCGGGAGGUUAGAUCUGAGGUUUCUGAUUGCAAAUACCAUGCAAGCUUUUACUUCACAGCCCCUGACGAACCAGACGCAGGACAACCCCUUUUCCAACCCACUCCUCCUAGCAACGUUGAUCAUACCCCACCUAGAGACCUACAUGGCCGCCAACUCCACCACGCGAUUUCUCCUGCUCGAGUACCCCCCCGAACAUCUGACAACCGUACUGGCGCUCCAGCGGCUGGUGGGCGUCGACCUCCUCAAAGUCGCGGGAAUCUUAGAUUCUGAGGCGAACCAGCCAAGACCAUACCCAGGGUUCAAAGUGCCACCACGCACGAGUGCCCACUCGCCCCAAAAUUCAGGGUCCGGAAUCCUGGCAGCCGGAAAGAGGGCCGAUGCCACUCUUCUCACGCCGCCCGGGACGAAGCAGGCCGAGAUGCCCUCGUUCUCCAAAGCUAACUUCCUUCUCACCUCGUCCGCCAACGAAUCCGAGAUCGCAACCCUCAUCUCCACUAUAUGGAAGAUUCUCAUUGACAUAUCGACCUUCUAUAUUCCGGAGGGAGCAGCUCCCGAGUCGUCUCCACGGGAAGACCCAGAGUCGAAGCAAGAAUCCAAGCGCGAAUCCCUAAGUGGGUCACUGGCCCAGACACCUCUCAUCGACCCAGCACUGCAAUACGCCCCGCUCGCCGGCGCAACCGCCCUUCUAGAUCUCUCGAGACGGGCGGGAGAUGCCCCACCAAGCGAGAACUAUCUCUCCGCCGACCCGCCGUUCCGCCGCACCUCAAAGUGCUCGACCCGGCGGGAGGCGCCGCCCGAAUCGCCCAAGGGGUCGCUAUCGGAGACUACCAAGAGCAGUCGGACGGUAAAGUCGAUGAGGAGCCAGAAGAACAAAUUGCGAAUCGUGCUCGGGCGGGAGGUGGACGCCGACGCCGUGACUAUACAGUCGGAUUCCCCUUCGGCCUCGGCCUCGGCCGACGAGUCGUGGGACGACGAAGAUGACGGGUUGUUCGCCGAGGAACGUAAGUAUAUUCCCCUCUACGGGAAACGGGGCGGUCCGAGGAAGGGAAACAGCCAUAAGGCGCUGAAGUGGUUGGGUCUGGCGACACUGUGACCUCCCGGCCUCCUUUCCCGUCUAGAUAUAUUGUGCUCCGUGUUCUCUUACUGUUGCCUGGUUGACGGGGUUCGUUGUUUCGUCGACUUCACUCGU